AUGAAUUCCGAAGCGGCGCAACAAGCGCUCGAGCUCGCACGCCGACACUACAAUUCCGACAACCUCGACUCGGCCCUACGAUUCAUCAAGAAAUCCGUCUCACUCCACCCUACGACCGAAGCGAAAGCUCUCUUGCAAAAGAUCGAAUCCGCUCAAGCCAAUGCGGCACGCACGAGCGCAACUUCGAGUGCUACCUCCCAGGGCACGACUCGACCUACUUCCCGAAAACCUACCGCUUCUACUUCGGCCGCCUCCUCGUCGUCGUCGUCGUCGUCGUCGUCGACUUCGACCCAGGCCGAAGCUCCAAAGGCUAGAGACUACACACCGGCCCAGAUCGCGUUGGUGAAAAAGGUCAAGGCGUGCAAGGUGACCGAGUAUUAUGCGAUCUUGGGCUUGGACAAGGCCUGUUCGGAUUCGGAUAUCAAAAAGGCCUAUAGAAAGUUGGCCCUCGGUCAGUUUUCCAUGACCACGCAGAGCGACAGCGGUUUGGGGGGAUGUACUGAGGCGUUUUGGGUCAAUGGACAGGUCUUCAUCCGGACAAGUGUGGUGCACCGGGGACCGAAGAGGCGUUCAAGAGUGGGUCGUCCACGGGCUUGACCAUCCUCGCGCUGGCGCACCCGAGCUGAUUGCGGUCUCGGUCGUCCCACAGUGGUCUCGAAAGCGUUCCAAGUGCUCAGCGACGGCAACAAACGCGCCAUAUUCGACCAAACCGGAUCCGACCCCGACUCACGAGGCGGCGGCGGCGGGGGUGGAGGCGGAGGAGGGAUGCAUCCCUUUGCUCGGGGAGGUGGAAUGGGUGGAGGGGCCGAGGAAAUGUCCCCCGAGGAUCUGUUCCGUUUCUUCUUCUCCGGUGGAGGAGGAGGUGGAGGAGCACCUUUCGGCUCUCAAUUCGGUGGAGGCGGAUUCCAAUUCUUCGGUCCGGGAGGGAUACGAAUGCAAACCGGUGGUGGAAUGCCAAGAAGAGGUGGCGGCGCAGGUGGACAGGGGGCACAGAGGGAACAAGGCUCGAUUUGGAUCCAGAUCGCACCCUUGUUGUUGUUGUUUGGGUUCUCGUUGUUGUCCCAAUUGCCGAGCUUGUUCGGCAGUUCGACACCCGCCGAUCCGGAAUUCACGUUCGAACCAACGACGAGGUAUUCGGUGCGUUGGGGGCUUUGCUCUUGAACUUUUACGUCGGAGGGAGAUCGCUGAAUUUUUCCCUCGUCUUCAAUAGGUUGAACGCACAACAUCCAACAUGCACAUCAAUUACUACGUCAACCCAAUCCAAUUCGCCUCCCACCCGAUAUACGAAACCUACCUCUCGACCAACCCAUCCCUGGGAUUCAAAUCUUCCCACGAGACAGGGACGACGGCGUAUAAAGCGGAUUUGACGAGGUUCCUGGCUUCGGAGGAGAAGCUGACGGAUCAGGUGCAGAGGUUGAGGAUCCCUAAGAGUUUGGCGACGUUUGAGAGAACGGUCGAACAGACUUAUGUGGCGAGGUUGCAGCAUACUUGUAGGCAGGAGGUUAGUCGGCCUUGAGGAUGAGUGGUCGGCAUAUGAGGUGAAUGUACUGACAUUUGGGAGGAUGGUACUGAUACAGUUGCAACACCGCAACGAACGGCUCGAUCGAGCCAGGGGUUUCUUGGGUGCGCUGGUUUCUGGUUUCCCUCUUUGCCCAACGAAGCUUUCCCUAACAUUCUGAUCCUCUCUUUGCGUAGGUUUCGGAGCCGAUUGGGACAAAGUACGCGAAAUCACCAACGAGAACGUACGUUGCCCUUUCCUCGCUCUUUUCCACCCCUGACAGUCCUCAGCUCCGAGCUGACCGUAAUCACCUCCUUUUUCACAGUUACCGAGGUGCGAAGAAUUGUCCAAGUUGGGCUAUCGGGUCGAUUAUAGAUGA